AUGGGGUUGUUACACAACGCUCUCAGUGUAAGAGUUGAAGCCGAAUCUAGAGAGGAGCUUCUAGCAUUGAACACCAGCAAGAGAGUAGCUGGGCAUUCAACGCCCAAAGAGGAGCAAGUUCUGGCAUUGAAUGCUAGCAAGGGAGUGGCUGGGCAUUCAACGCCUAAAGAGGAGCAAGAUGUGGCGUUGAACGCCACAAUGGGAGAGGAUGGGCGUUCAACGCCCACUAAGGUCCCUCCUGUUGAAGAACUAAAGGAAAUUAGAGCUCAUGAGGAGACCAUAGAGGUCCCCUUGAAUUCCAUGUUACAGAUUAUGGAGUCUGAAGAAUACUUCUCCUCUGAUGAGGAAGAGAAAACUAGGGAAGAGCAAGUUACUCGGUACUUAGGAAUUCUCAUGAAGAUCAAUGCAAAACUCUGUGGAACAGAGGCAUUGAAAGAAGAACCCCCAGUACUUACCCAAGAGUGCAGUGCCCUGGUUCAGAGGAAGCUGCCUCAAAAGAGGCCAGACCCUGGAAGCUUCCUAAUUCCCUGUACCAUAGGUACAAUCACCUUUGAGAAGGCCUUGUGUGACAUUGGGUCAAGCAUCAACCUCAUGCCUCUCUCUGUGAUGAGAAGACUAGAAUUCUAG